UGUCAGGUCUACGAUGGGCGAGGGAAUGUCUCCGGGGUGGAGGACUAAAAGAUCCUCCGUUGGCAUCAACCCAACGACGGCGGAUGCACGGCGGAUGGAAAGAUGAAGGGGCUGCAGCGAAUGUGGGGUUGCGAGGCCAUUCAUUCGCCUUUCGUCCGUUUGCUCGCGUCUUCCCUCACCGCCACAUCAGCACUCGCCUUCAGUUGGCCCCGACUUGCUCCAGUUGACCAUCAUGAUGCUGACUACGGCAAACGUCGUGUGUACAAGUCCCUCCGGCCCUUAGGACGCCCGAUCUCUUGGUCGGCGGAUUCCAGCCGCGACGGAAUCCUAACGUCAUCCACGUACCAGCGAUCACCACUCCAAAACUGGUCUGUUGUCUCUUUACUUCACUGGGCUGUGCAACCUAUGGUAUCUUUGCAUCAUCCAGUGUCGACUUUGUCUUCCUCUGGGUCAUUCCGCUGCCCUCCCUCGUCACUUUUCUUUUCUUUUCCUAUCCCACUUAGGGGGUUAAGCGGAUGGUUUCCGGCCAACGCAAGUGUUCAGGCUCGAUGUGGACGACCGUCCGAUCAGAAAUUGGGCUUGGAAAGGAAACCAAGAGCCAAAUUCCAUGGGCAGUCAUUCGAUAGAUAUCUGACAAUCAUUCAGUCUCCCCGGAUGCUGGAGAUGCCAGAUAGAUUCCUACAGGUCCCAUGAUAGAGUAAAGAGAUGUGGGCUAAGAACAACGCCUACAUCACCUUAAGACACAUUCCCGAGCCAAGCAGAAACCAUAAAAGUUUGCUGUCUGUGACCUAUGCCAUUCGAUUCACUACAUCGCCUCAAAGCAAACGAGCAGCCAGUUAUCAUCCGUCAGCUGAACCCCCCAAAAAACGAGGUUACACGGGAUAGGCAAGGAGAGGUGGGAAGACACAAUCCGCCCUUCGGAGUUUCUAUAGGAGGCCGUAGGGACCUGCCACACGGUCAACGACCGAGUCUUGGAAGGAAGGGGUACUACUAGGGUGUCUGGAUAUAGGGUGUCUGGAUAUUGCUGGUUCACCUGACCAGUCGAACUAUGGGCAACAGCCGAGCAUGUGGUAGGGGGCAGUGUCGGUAUUCGAGGCAGGAACAAGAAGGGAGAUUCAACCCCAUACGUACGUUACGAAACGGUUCCA